AUGAAAAUCAAACCAAAACGUAUACUAGAAAUAUUAGAAGAAAAAGCUCUACCUGUUCCCAAAAAACGACAAUUAUCAAGUUAUUUAAUAUCAUUAAGAAAAAAAUAUUAUGGCGCUCCAACUAUUAGCUUAGGUGAACUUGAAGCUUGGUGCCAACAAAAUUCAUUAAUACCUGAUGAUAAUGACAAACCUUGGGUAUUAAAGUAUCAGAUUGAAUAUGAAGAUGAAAUUGAUAAUGAUGAUGAUAAUGACAAUGGUGAUCAUAAUGAUGAUGAUGAUAAUAAAAAUAAAUUUCGAUUUUUUGUUACUACUAAAAGACUAUUAUUUAAUGCAAGUAUUUCGAAUAAAAUUCAUGUUGAUACUACUUACAAGUUAAUUUGGCAAGGAUUUCCUUGUUUUAUUAUUGGAACCACUGAUAUGAUUAGACAAUUUCAUCCAUUUGGAUUUGCUGUGUGUUCUAAUGAAAACCAAAAUGAUUUUGAAUUUAUAUUUAAUUGUCUUCGUGGUGGAUUACUUAAUUUAAACUUACAGAUGAAUGAACAAGAAUUAAUACUUAUUGCAGAUGGUGCUGAAGCCAUUAGUAAUGCAUUUUUAAAAGUAUUCGGAACUGAUCAUAAUGUUGUUAUGUGUUGGUUUCAUAUGCGGGAAAAUGUUGAAAAAAAUUUAUAUUUAGUCGAAGAUAAAGCAUUACAUGGUGACAUUAUGAAUGAUAUUGAAACAUUACAAUUGUCAACAAAUAAAAAUGUAUUUGAUAUUGCUACUAGAUUAUUUUUAAAAAAAUGGAAGAAUUAA